AUGUCUGAAACUACUGCAACUCCAGAAGUUCUCUGGGCUCAACGAUCCAACAAGACUGAGGCAGAAAAGAAUUUCAUCUACCUGACCAUCAGUGUUCCUGAUGUCAAAGAACCCAAGAUCGAACUCAAGUCCCAAUCCCUCACAUUCUCUGGCUACUCCGAGUCGCUCAAGCGUGCCUAUGCAGUCACAUUGGAAUUCUACGCUGAAAUCGAUGAGAGUGCUUCCAAGUACAAUCACACUCAAAAGAACACUCAAUUCGUCUUGAGAAAGAAGGAGUUGAAGGAGGAAUUCUGGCCAAGAUUAUUAAAGGAUUCUAAGAAGGUUCACUUCUUGAAGACCGACUUUGAUAAGUGGGUUGAUGAGGAUGAGCAAGAUGAGGCUCCUGAGGAGGAUUUGAGCCAGAUGGGUGGUAUGGGUGGGAUGCCAGGUAUGGGAGACAUGAUGGGAGGAGCCGGUGGAGAUUUCGGUGGUAUUGAUUUCUCGAAACUCGGCGGCGCAGGAAUGGGUGGAUUGGGAGGAAUGGGUGAGGAUGAUGAGGGUGAUGAUGAGGAUGACGAGGAGAUGCCAGGACUCGAAGGAGAGGAGGAAGCUGGAGAAGAGAAAGCUGGAGAGCCAGCCAAGGCAAAGAUUGAGGAAGUCGCAUAG